AUGAGCAGUUCAGAAGAAGCGUCGUGGAUUUCCUUGUUCUGUGGACUGAGGCGUAAUGAAUUUUUAUGCGAGGUAGAUGAAGACUACAUCCAGGACAAUUUCAAUAUGACAGGGCUCAAUGAGCAGGUUCUCCACUACCGCCAAGCCCUAGAUAUGAUUCUGGACUUAGAAACAGAUGUAGCAUUGGAGGACAGCCCCAACCAGAGUAACCUGAUUGGGAAGGCGGUUGAGGUGCUGUACGGUCUCAUCCACGCACGCUACAUCCUCACCAACCGAGGCAUUGCACAGAUGUUGGAAAAGUACCAGCAGGGAGACUUUGGCUAUGGCCCUAGGGCAGGGGUUCCCGACCGCUGCCCUAGGGUCUACUGUGAGAAUCAGCCCAUGCUUCCAGUUGGCCUGUCAGACAUCCCAGCAGAGGCUAUGGUGAAGCUGUACUGUCCCAAGUGCAUGGAUGUGUACACACCCAAAUUCUCGAGACACCGCCACAUAGAUGGAGCCUACUUUGGCAGUGGCUUCCCCCACAUGCGCUUCAUGGCGCACCCGGAGUACAGGCCCAAGAGGCCCACUAAUCAGUUUGUCCCAAGGCUGUAUGGGUUCAAAGUCCAUCCCACGGCCUAUCAACUCCAGCUACAAGCAGCCUGUCAAGGCCAUCCGCUAGAGUGA